AUGUCCCUCCCUCAGCGUACAGCCUCCCUCACUAGAAUCACCAACGAGACGAAGAUUCAAAUCUCGCUAUCCUUGGAUGGAGGCGUCCUUCCUCCUUAUGAACCAACCGAUCAUUUCCCCGCCCCUGAAGACCCCAAGGAGGCCGAAGCCGCGACGCACGGAAUUGUCCCUCCCAAAGAUGCCCACCAUGCGACGCAGUUCACCGCCACACAGCAGAUCACCGUGAGCACGGGAAUUGGCUUCCUCGACCAUAUGCUGCACGCUCUCGCGAAGCAUUCAGGAAUGAGUUUGGCCAUCAGAGCCAAGGGAGACCUGUACAUUGAUGACCACCACACCACCGAAGAUACUUUCCUUGCUCUUGGAGCAGCCUUCACCAAAGCCCUGGGCGCCCGGCAAUCUAUUGCCCGCUUCGGUCGCGGCGAUGCACCUCUCGACGAGGCUCUCUCGUGGGCUGUCAUUGAUAUCUCCAGCCGUCCCUGGGCUGUGAUCAACCUUGGUUUCCGUCGUGAAAAGAUCGGCGAUCUUAGCACGGAGAUGAUCACGCACGGUUUGCAGAGCUUUGCUCAAGAAGCGGGUGUGACUCUUCAUGUGUGCUGCACCUACGGUGACAAUGACCACCAUCGCGCGGAGAGUGCAUUCAAAGCCUUGGCUGUGGCUAUUCGCACAGCGUGCACUAGGAGGGUGGCCGGUGAAGUCGGCGCAGGAGAUAUUGUCAGUACCAAGGGUGUGCUGUAA